CAUUAACGGUUUAUCAUUAAAGAGAAAUUACUGAUUUAAAACGUCCUUAUACAAGUAUCUAACGUCGAUUUCAUUAGCAUUUUGUAAUACAGUGUAAGAUACACAAGAUAGAAAGAACGUUUAUAGAAAUUGUGAAAGUUUAAUGCGUGAUAUUUAUAUAUGUGUCAAGAUAAAUUUAGUUGAAAAAGUUAACAAAUAUUUGCGAUAAGUAAAACUACGAACGUAAUUAAAUCCGUUAAAGAGAUAUUGGUUAAAAAAGAUUUUGUGAACGUAUAGAAUUAAAAAGAAUAGUACAAACACGAAAGUAGGUAACGUGGGUAAGGCUAUCAUGUUUUCACCCCACCGUCUCCUCAGAGCAAAUUUUAUAAAGAGUGUCGCUAAUAUCGAAUUGGUUAGUAACAACGUUGCUUCAUCGUUGAUACCGCCAUUGAAAGUUUGUCCGUCUCACGAUCAGUUGAGAUACUCUCUUGUUAGGGCAUUUAGUGUUUCAUCUACAGCUAUGGUGAAAAUACAGGUUGGACCUGUUGUUGAAGUUUUGGGAGAUGAAAUGACACGCGUCAUUUGGGAUGCUAUUAGAAACCAAUUGAUUUUACCAUUUUUAGAUAUUGAAUUGCACACAUACGACUUGGGUAUUGAAAAUCGAGAUAAAACCAAUGACAAUGUAACAGUAGAGUGUGCAGAAGCUAUUAAGAAAUAUAAUGUAGGAAUCAAAUGCGCUACUAUCACGCCCGAUGAGAAAAGAGUAGAAGAAUUUAAUUUGAAACAAAUGUGGAAAAGCCCCAACGGUACUAUUAGAAAUAUUUUAGGCGGUACAGUUUUCCGUGAAGCUAUUAUUUGUAAAAACAUUCCUCGCUUGGUAAAUACUUGGAAGCAACCGAUUAUUAUUGGUAGGCAUGCUCAUGCCGAUCAAUAUAAAGCUACAGACUUUGUAGUACCUGGACCAGGUAAACUUGAAAUACAAUGGACUGGAGACAGUGGAGAAAAUAUAAAGUUCACGGUACAUUCUUUCAAAGGACCUGGCAUUGCGCAAGCUCAGUAUAAUACGGACGAAAGCAUUUGUGACUUUGCUCAUAGUUCCUUUAAAUUUGCUCUAUUAAGAAACUAUCCUUUGUAUCUUUCGACAAAGAACACAAUUCUUAAAAAAUAUGACGGCAGAUUUAAAGAUAUUUUCCAAGAAAUAUACGAGAAAGAAUAUAAAGCGCAAUUUGAAGCAAAGAAGAUUUGGUACGAGCAUAGAUUAAUAGACGAUAUGGUAGCAUACGCGAUGAAAUCAGAGGGUGGUUUUGUAUGGUCUUGUAAAAAUUAUGACGGGGAUGUUCAGUCUGAUUCUGUGGCACAAGGAUUUGGAUCCUUGGGUUUGAUGACUUCGGUCUUAAUUUGCCCGGAUGGACGUACUGUGGAAGCAGAAGCUGCUCAUGGUACAGUCACUAGGCAUUACCGUCAGUAUCAGCAAAAAAAGCCGACCUCGACUAAUCCAAUUGCCUCGAUAUUUGCAUGGACAAGAGGUUUGCUUCACAGAGCGAAAUUGGACAACAAUGACAAACUUAAGCAAUUUGCAGAAACUUUAGAGGCAGUCUGUAUUAAUACUAUGGAGGCGGGUUUCAUGACAAAAGAUCUUGCAAUUUGUAUUAAAGGCGCUGAUAAUGUCACUAGUUCUGACUACUUAGAAACAUUCGCAUUUAUGGAUAAAUUGGCAGAAAACUUGAAACAGCAAUGGAAAUGACUUGGGAGCGAUUGUCCUUGUAUGAUACAAUCAAAGUAUUAAAAACACAUAUAAGACGAAUUAUAAAUAUCGCGGGUUGGGGGAAAACGUUACAUUUAUUACGCAUACAGUAAAUUGUGAAAACAGCACGUAAAUAAAAUUAAAAGAAAUCGAACGUUAUACUUCCUUAUCCUUUCUUCAUCAAGAAGAAGAAGAUUAUUUUCGUCAUUACGAAUUAUGUAAUUGUGAUUUACAGAUAUAUUUUUAUGAUCGUUUCAUUAAAUGAUUAUGCCUAAACAUUUAUAACUCUAGUCGAACUCUGCUUAGAAUUUUAUAUACCAACUAUUUUUCUAUAAAAUAUAUAAAAAUGUUUAACUUUGAAAUUACGUGUUUUUUACGAAUCACAACUUGCAACGUCAUUCUAGAUUGCAUAACCUUCUAAAUACAUUCAUCAGAAAAAUGUGCGAUAUAUUUCCAAAAGUAAUAAUAAACUUUUGACAAACUGCACACUAACGCAAUAUUUGAAUAAUUUCUUC